CGCCAUUGAUUUUAUGGUGUUUACACUUAGACUUAUACACAUUUUUGCAAUUCACAGACAACUUGGACCAAAGAUCAUAAUUGUGGAGAGGAUGAUGAAAGAUGUUUUCUUCUUCCUAUUUUUCUUGAGUGUGUGGCUCAUUGCCUAUGGCGUGACAACUCAAGCUCUGCUUCACCCUGAUGACAGCAGAGUGGAGUGGAUAUUCAGAAGGGUGCUUUACCGUCCCUACCUCCAGAUAUUUGGCCAGAUCCCACUGGAUGAAAUAGACACCUCACGAGUAUAUCCCAGGAACUGUACAUUUAAUCCACUGCAAAUUCUGCAGAACUCACCAUCAUGUCCCAACAACUAUGCCAACUGGCUUGUCAUACUUCUGUUGGUCAUCUUCCUACUAGUCACAAACGUUCUCCUUAUGAAUCUCCUGAUUGCUAUGUUCAGCUACACUUUUCAAGUUGUUCAGGGCAAUGCAGACAUCUUCUGGAAACUACAACGCUACAACCUGAUUGUUGAAUAUCAUGGACGGCCUGCCUUAGCACCACCAUUUAUCAUUAUUAAUCACAUCACUUUGGUUCUUCAAAUAAUCUUCAACAAAAUGGAACACAAGAAACAACAUCUGGAAAGAGACCUUCCAGUUGGCCUAGAUCAAAAAAUCAUAACAUGGGAGCUGGUGCAAAAAGAAAAUUAUCUAAUAAAACUUGAACAAGAAAGAAAAGAAAGCAAUGAAGAAAGGCUGAAGGCCACGUCUAAUAAGGUGGAUAAUUUGUCUAAAUACCUCAGUGGAUUGAAAGAGCAAGAAAAGAGGCUUAAAGUUAUAGAAUCCCAGAUUUGCUACUGUACAGCUGUUAUCUCCUCAAUGGCAGAUGUUUUAACCAAAACCAACCUCUUCUGCAAGCAGACAGAUCCAAACUACACAUGUAAGUAUUGAAAGCCAUCAUGGAAAACCUAAUUAAUACAGCCAGGCGAUUUCAUUCAGAAAAAUGCAACAAAACCAAAAAAGAUUGGAAAAGGACUACAUAGGGAAGUGCAAAGGUAAUGCCUACAGGUAAUGGAAAUACAACCAACAAAUAGAAUAUUCACGCACCUUUUGCAAAAUAUAUCUAAAAGCUUGGGGGAAUGGGAAUGGACUAUUGUUCACUGCAGGUUAGAAUGAUAUCAUAUAAUUUUAAGGUUACGUAGUUUCCUGAAAGGACUGUCUCUUGGGAUUCUUUUUUUUCCCUU